CUUCUGUACUACUAACCACUACACAGCUAUAGGAAUCUUGCAAGUUUAAUGCUGUGAAAGCAACUGUUCACGUAUGUUCUCGCUUUGGACUGUGUCCAGCUCCAACCCGUGCUAGGCGACGCGAUUAUUCCGCUUGAUAUCGCAUAGUUGGAUUUGGUAGCAAUUGGUAUAGCACUUAACUGCUAUUAAGUUGGCAUCGUACCAAGUAUAUUUGCUGGAUUCGCAUUAUGCCGUGGCCAAUUGUUGCCCUAGCGUGCGGCACGGGAGUACUGCUUGGUAGGUAUAUGUAUCGAGCUGUGUCGAAAUCGAAAGUGCUAUAUGGAUUCGAACAUAAAAUGUCACUGUCAGAAGCCUGUGCAAUUUUGAACGUAUCAGCCACAGCCCCCAAGGACAGAAUCAGGGAACAUUACAAACAGCUAAUGAUGAGGAACCACCCAGACAACGGCGGCUCAACGUACCUUGCUUCCAAGGUUAACGAAGCGAAGGAUUAUUUGCUAAAAUAGUAAAUAAACAUAGAACCACUGGAUCGACGGCCAGGGACUUUGGCUCAAAAUUAGCAAGGUGGUACUCAUAAAAUACACUGAACU